AUGUCAAAUCCCUUUCCACACUUGCUCAUAUGUAACAAUGAAGGGAAAUGCAAUCGUUGCAAUCGCCUGCAGUCGGAGUCUUCAUCUUUAUUCUUUUUUUUUAUUCCAAAUUUAUUCCUUGACAUUUUUGUUUUCAAUUUUUUCGAUUUUUUCUUUCUUUGUUUUUUCUUUACUUUUUUCUUUUCCUUUUUUCUUUUUCAUUUAUUUAUUUAUUUAUUUAUUUUUGCUUUAGCCGGUAAUUUAUUCCGAGUCUAUUUUGUUUUCAUUCUAUUUAUCUUUCUUUCUUUCUUUUUCUUACUUUUUUUUUAUUUUUAUGCCUUAGCCUAUAAUUUAUUCCGAGUAUAUUUUGUCUUUAUUACCUUAAUCAUUUUUUCUUUCUUUCUUUCUUUCUUUCUUUCUUUCUUUCUUUCUUUCUUUUAUUUUUAUGCUUUCCAAUUUUCAUUCUCUUUGCCUUUGACUUUGUUUCUUUCUUUUUCUUUUUCUCUCUUUCUUUCGUUUUUUCUCUUCUUUUUUUUACUUAUUUUCUUUUAUUUUUAUGCUUUCGCCGAUGAUUUAUACAGAUUCUGCUUCAUUUUCAUUAUUUUUAUCUUAUUUUCUUACUUUACUUUAUUAUUUUUUCCCAAUAAAUAUUUUCUUUCAUUUUUUAACUUUUUUUUUUCGUUUAUUUCAAACCUUUUUUUUCUUCCUUCUAUCCUAAUUAUUUUUUGUUUCUCUUUAUCGUUCUUCAUUAUUUCCCUCGUUUCUUCUUUAUUUUCCUCUUUUAUCUCUCACUAUUUUUCUUCUUUCAGCCACUAUUUUUACUCACUCUCAUUCUGUAUUUUACUUUUCUUCUAUUUCUACAACAAAUUCAUUCCCUCCCCUUCAUCACCCCCGUCACUUCAAUCCUAUUUUUGCCUAAACUCCCGAACCCCUUUUAUUUUUUUUUUGGCUCGAUCAUUCUUUAUUUUUAUUGCUGACAAUAUUUGUUGUCUAUCUAUCUAUCUAUCUAUCUAUCUAUCUAUCUAUCUAUCUAUCACAGUAUAUAUUGGUUUGGUUUGGUUUGUUUUGUUUUACGGCAUAUCAACCUCAACGGGUUAUUUAAUGCCGACGAUAUUUUUUAUUGUUGGUAAUAUUUUUGUCUACCUACCUACCUACCUAUCUAUCUAUCUAUCUAUCUAUCUAUCUAUCUAUCUAUCUAUCUAUCUCAUUAUAUAUUGGUUUGGUUUGUUUUACGGCAUAUCAACCUCAACGGGUUAUUUAAUGCCGACAAUAUUUUUGUUGUUGGUAAUAUUUUUGUCUACCUACCUACCUACCUACCUACCUAUCUAUCUAUCUAUCUAUCUAUCUAUCUAUCUAUCUCAAACCUCAUCUAUCUAUCUAUCUAUCUAUCUAUCUAUCUAUCUAUCUAUCUAUCAGCAGUUCGUUUUCUAUCUAUCUAUCUAUCUAUCUAUCUAUCUAUCUAUCUAUCUAUCAGCCCGUAACCUCAUUCAAUCAGUUGCUUUCUCUCUCUUAAUCUGUUCAUGCCUGCUUCUCUGCCUGCUUGCCUAUCUAUCUAUCUAUCUAUCUAUCUAUCUAUCUAUCUAUCUAUCUAUCUAUCUCUCUCAAUCUGUUCACAUCCAUCAAUUUAUUUCAAUUUGUAUAGGUUAUAAAUGUCUAUGUAUCUGUUUGUCUGUCUGCCUUUCCAACUAA